AUGGCUGAGACGCAGGACACCGAGAUGGGCGUGGAUCUAGCAAGCAUUCCUGUCGAUCGAAAUUAUGACCUCCCUACCGGCGCGGGGGGUGUUGCGCCCGAAAAAGCAUCUGCGAUUCUCUCCCAAUUCGACCGGAAACGGAGGCUGGCCAUGCUGGCUGUCCCCACGGACGACGGAAAAGUCAGGGCACGUCUGCGCGAACUCGGAGAACCUAUCACAUUUUUUGGAGAAGACGCCGCUGACCGACGAGCCCGCCUGCGGGAGCUGUUGUUGGAUAAAGAGGAUGCAGCUGGUCCGGAUGGAGCUGCCGUCGACGUCCAAAUGCAAGAAGCAGAGGAAGAUGCCGAUCAAGAAGAAGAAUUCUACACCGAGGGUCUACCAGAACUGCUCGAAGCGAGAAGAGAAAUAGCUCGGUUUUCACUACCAAGGGCAAAGGCGCGGAUACAACGGCUGAGAGAAGACUCUACCAUUCCGCUGCGCACACAUAUUAAGCAUCGCAAGGAAAUCAAAGAGAAGUUACAAGGCUUUGAACUGUUCGGCACGCAGAUUGCUGGAGAGCGGCCGGUCAGCAUCACUCGGUUUUCUCCCAAUGGCGAGAUAAUUGCCGCCGGCAACUGGGGUGGUGGCAUCAAAUUGCUCGAUGUGCCCAACCUAGACGAAAAGGUGACCCUCAGAGGCCACACGGGCAUUGUUGGUGGACUUGCCUGGUAUCCUGGUGCAACACUACAGGAAUCCAACGUGUCUCCAGAUUCCCUGAAUAUUGCAAGUGGUGCUGGUGGGCAAGGCGGAGAAAGUGACAUACAUCUGUGGUCUUUGAACAAGGAGACACCGAUUGGCACUUUGCAGGGACAUACCGAUCGUGUUUGCAGGGUCGAAUUUCAUCCCUCUGGAAAAUAUCUUGCAUCAGCUUCAUUCGACACGACCUGGCGUUUAUGGGAUGUGGAGACUACAACGGAGCUUCUUUUACAAGAGGGUCAUUCGAGACAAGUCUUCGCUGUCAGCUUCAACACCGACGGCUCUUUACUGGCGAGUGGAGGAUUUGAUAGCAUCGGGAGAAUCUGGGAUCUUAGGACAGGGCGAACGGUCAUGAUCUUGGAAGGCCAUAUCCGCGAGAUCUUCUGCCUGGACUGGGGCAUUGACGGGUACCGCGUCCUAUCAGGCUCUGGUGACGGCUGGGUCAAGUGCUGGGAUCUUCGUCAAGUGCGCAGUGUGGGGGGUAUUGGUGCGCAUAAUGGCAACGUCUCCGACCUGAAAUGGUUCAAAGGCCUCGACGGCGACAAGUCAUCCCUGGUGGAGAGCAGUGGCGUCAGACAGGAGCACAAUCCUCGAAAAGCUGGCACAUUCUUUGUGACGAGUGGCUUUGACAAGAACGUCAACAUCUAUUCGGCGGAUGAUUGGUCGUUUGUGAAGCAGCUCAGUGGACAUGCCGGCAACGUCCUCAGUGUCGAUAUUACGAAUGAUGCCAAGUGGAUUGCCAGCAGUGGUCACGACAGAACUGUCAAGCUCUGGGGUCGUGAUGAUGGCCAAGGCAUAUGA